AUGAUCCAGAGGCUCGGCCGACCAGCCAGGACGAGUAGGCUAAGUCCACGCCAGAUACGCAUGGAACACACCAAUAUACCAAAGGGCGAAUGGAUGGAUAGACGGAUGGACAGACGAGAGAAUGGUCAACAGGCGCCCACGAACCCUGUCUCCCUCCACUUCACACCCUUCACCCUAUCGCUACAAAAGGCCGCAAGCUGUCACUCCGUCGCUGGUGAUUCAUCCUCUCCCACACGCACGCUGGGUGCAAAGAACAAGACAACGAGCAAGCAGGAAGAAGAUGACUCGUGCAAACUGACCCAUGACGCAUCCGUCCUGCGCAAGCCUGCAAUAUCAAUUUGGGCCAAGGAGUCAUCCUAUGCUGGUCAAGGCAUCAGGUACCACCCGAAAGUAAUCUCUAAGUCUAUUUAG